AUGAGUUCUAAAAUUGUAACAGCAUUAGGUCGUACAAAAGUAAGUCAUCAAAAUGCAGUUCAUAUUCGUAUUGGUACAGCUCAAAGUCUUGGCUGUAAUGCAAACAACAUCGCUAUAAAUCGCUCAACUAUUCGAAGACAUAAAGUGAUUUUAAGACAAAGAGUUUUCGAUGACAUAAAAGUAUCUUUUAAUCCGAAUUGUCCUCUAACUGUGCACUGGGACGACAAAAUAUUAACCGAUAUUACCGGGAAAGGUCAUGUUGAUCGUCUUCCUAUUUUAGUAUCCGGAGACGGAGUAAGUAAGCUUCUCAGUGUUCCAAAGCUUGAAUCUGCAACUGGGGAAGAGACGUAA